CCCCGCUAUUAUUAUUUUACAGUUUGUGAACGAGGUGCUAGUUCCGCAUGGGCCGUAACAUCAUUCAUAUAAGCGGCGUACAGCCAACGACUAUAGAGGCCAAGAGCAACAGGACCACAACACUGAGUCAGGGAUACGAGGCUGAGUAGACACCAGCUAAUAAGAAAUGCAAUCAACGUGCUAUGCCAUUCGUCUGAUCGGCCCAACUUCCAUGUGUCAUUCUUCACGGAGAAACCUGCCCUCCCUCGAGUAUUGUACAAUUUGUGAUCUCUUCAAAGUGUCCACAGCUUACAGCAAGGCUGCAAGACCCAAAAGAGCAGCACCAGCAACACCAGUCAAUCCAGUUGGCAAAGCAGCAGCGGCAUUCGUGGCGCCAGCAGAGGAUGCGGCAGAUGAGGCUCCAGAUGCAGCACUAGAUGCCUUACUGGCUGCGGCGGAUGUGGCAGAGGAGAUGACGGAUCCAGCCUUGGAAGUGGCAGAGCCAAUUGUGCUUGUAGCAGAGCUGAGAGCACCUGCAGCCUCGCUGGUGAUGCUACCCAGGAUCGAUUUUUCGGCCGAGGUCAAUGAAGCGAGGGAAGAAGCAGCACCGCUGCUGCCGGCGAGGGCUGCAGAGCUGAGGCUCGAAAGGGUGGCAGAGAAGGCGGACUCGGCGGAGCUGAAGCUUUGUGCGAUGGAGCUUUCGGCGGCAGCACCAGAUGCGGCUGCAGACUCAGAGGCGAAGGAACUGCCAGAUGCCUCGGCUGAGCUAGCAUCCUGCGCCAAAGCCGGGACGGCGGCGAGGAGGGAGAAGAGGAGGACGUUGGUGAGCUGCAUGUUGGCUGUCUUUUGGAAGGAGACUGAGUAUCAGGAAGGAGGUUUUAGUUGAAAAGGUGGGUUGCUGUCUUGUAGAGGCGAAGUGUGUGGCUGUUGGAGUGAUGUGAGACGAGGUAGAUGCGAGGGAUGGGGGACGAUGCAAUAUAUGUCUCGAUUGGCGAGAGCGACGAAAGAUCUGGAAUUCAGGUUUGACUACUCGGUAAGGAAGCGGCAAAUCGGAAGUGACUUCAAGUU